GGCCGCAGCCUGCGGGCGGGGCAGACGGCUGCGGAACAGUGCGGGGCCUUGGGAGGACACACUCCAGGCUGGACAGCGACCGCCGACCCCCGUGGCAGGCUUGUCACAGCAUCACAUCGACCGUUAAGAAUGGUCCCUGCCUGGCCGCCGCGGGCCGCGCUGACAAACUUCUCCAGGGGCAGAAGCUUCUGUUCCGUGAACAACAGAGAUUGUUUCCUUCCCGCCGUGAAGCCGGAGGUCAGGUCUCCCGCCUGCGCUAUGGCCUCGGCGCUCAGCUGUGUCUCCAGGUUCAAGUCCUUCGUGAUCUUGUUCAUCACCCCGCUCCUGCUGCUGCCGCUCGUCAUUCUGAUGCCCGCCAAGUUUGUCAGGUGUGCCUACGUCAUCCUCCUCAUGGCCGUGUACUGGUGCACGGAGGUCAUCCCCCUGGCCGUCACCUCCCUCAUGCCUGCCUUGCUGUUCCCACUCUUGAAGAUUCUGGACUCCAAGCAGGUGUGUGUCCAGUACAUGAAGGACACCAACAUGCUGUUCCUGGGUGGCCUCAUCAUGGCCGUGGCCGUGGAGCGCUGGAAUCUGCACAAGAGGAUAGCCCUGCGCACGCUCCUCUGGGUGGGGGCCAGGCCAGCACAGCUGAUGCUGGGCUUCAUGGGCAUCACGGCCUUUCUCUCCAUGUGGAUCAGCAACACGGCGACCACGGCCAUGAUGGUGCCCAUCGUGGAGGCCAUGCUGCAGCAGAUGGAGGCCGCCAGCACCGCUGAGGCCGGCCUGGGGUCCCUGGAGCUGGCAGAGAAGGGCAAGGCCGGCCAGCUGCCAGGGAGCCAAGUGACCUGUGAAGGGCCCCCGGAGGGGCUGCGGGCCGACUGCAGGUGGAGGAGUGUGCAGAAGGCCAUGACCCUGUGCGUGUGCUAUGCGGCCAGCAUCGGAGGCACCGCCACGCUGACAGGGACCGGGCCCAACGUGGUGCUCCUGGGCCAGAUGCACGAGUUGUUUCCCGACAGCAAAGACCUGGUGAACUUCGCCUCCUGGUUUGGGUUUGCCUUUCCCAACAUGCUGGUGAUGCUCUUGCUGGCCUGGCUCUGGCUCUGGUGCGUCUACAUGAGGUUCAGCCUUAAGGCAUCCUGGAGCUGCGGGCUGGAGAGCAGGGAGCACGAGAAGGCGGCGUACGAGGUGCUGCGGCAGGAGUACAGGAAGCUGGGGCCCUUCUCCUUCGCCGAGGCCAACGUCCUGGUCUGCUUCCUCCUGAUGGUCGGCCUGUGGUUCUCCCGGGACCCCGGCUUCAUGCCCGGCUGGGGGUCGCUGGCCUGGGAGGAGGGCGAGACCAAGUACGUGUCUGAUGCCACUGUGGCCAUCUUCGUGGCCACCUUGCUGUUCAUAGUGCCUUCGCAGAGGCCCCAGUUCACCUUACGCAGCCAGACGGAGGAGGAAAGGAAAACUCCCUUUUACCCCCCUGCGCUGCUGACCUGGAAGGUGACGCAGGAGAAGGUGCCCUGGGGCAUCGUGCUGCUGCUGGGGGGCGGCUUCGCGCUGGCCAAAGGCUGUGAGGCCUCGGGGCUGUCGGAAUGGAUGGGGAGGCAGAUGGAGCCCCUGCGCUCUGUGCCCCCCGCGGCCACCACCGUGAUCCUGUCCCUGCUUGUCGCCGCCUUCACCGAAUGCACCAGCAACGUGGCCACCACGACCCUCUUCCUGCCCAUCUUCGCCUCCAUGUCGCGCUCCAUCGGCCUCCACCCGCUGUACGUCAUGCUCCCGUGCACCCUGAGCGCCUCCUUCGCCUUCAUGCUGCCCGUGGCCACCCCGCCCAAUGCCAUCGUGUUUGCCUACGGACACCUCAAGGUCUCCGACAUGGUGAAAACAGGAUUCAUGAUGAACAUAAUUGGAGUCUUCUGUGUGUUUCUCUCCGUCAACACGUGGGGACGGGCCAUAUUUGACUUGGACCAUUUCCCUGCCUGGGCUAACGUGACGCAUACGGAGACCUAGGGGGAGCCUCACAGCCCGGCACGCCACCCCGCCUUCCUGAGGACCCCCCCGAACCUCCCAGCACACCUCCCAGCACAGGUUUGGGGUUUGGUCCCCGGAGCGAUCCAGCGAUGCCCACACCCCCACAGAGACCCAGCCUGGGGGCCCCAGGCAGAGCUGGGAACGGGGGUCCGCAGGGCGAAGAGGGGGUGGCCCCGGCGGCCUACCGUCACCCCAGGGACAGAGACCCGGGCAGGAGCUCCUGUACCCGCUCAGCUGCCAGCUGGCCCCAGGCUGGGCUCUGGCAUCAUCUAAGGGGACCCCAGCUCGGGAGGCAAGAAGACCGCCUCGGGGCCCCGGGCUCCCCACUCCUGCCUGCCACUCGGAAGGGGCGGCCCCACCAGGGAUGGCCGCUGGGGUCGGAGCCUCUUGGAACCGCGCGGAGCAGGUGCCUCCACCAAGGGUGAGGAAUCCGGCUCCCGGUCCGCUGCAGCACGCCACCGGCUGGCCUGCCCCGCAUCAGGGGGCCUCGGGGACCCUCUCGCCGCCCCUCUCGCCGCCCUCCCGUGCACCCUUGUUGUCCGGGCACAUACGCGUGUCCUAGGCCGGGGCCUCUGCGCACCUGCUCCGCAGGGUGAGCCCAGCCCGCGUGGUGCUUUUCCUGAUGCCCCACGCGGUGGGGGCCACACUCCAAGUGUGGCAGCCGCGCUCCGGGGGCCCCCUGUGGAGACCCAGGUCCUCCUGCACCCGAGUGCACACAGCCGCUGACGGCCAAGGGCAGGGUCCCUGCAGGCUCCCCCUGCCUGAGCCCGAGCUCCCUGUUCCAGACUGGCGUUUGUGGCCUGCUGGCCACGGAGCUGAGGAUAAGCAGUGCUGGGUGGUCCCUGGGCCGACGGGGCUGCAGAGCCGCGUGAGGACCCUCGGACCCAGUGAAAGCCACGUGGCAGACCCUGCCCCCACCCCCAGCCUCCUUGAGCACGUGAGGAUCCGAUUUCUUCAGGACUCAGGACGUGCCACUCAGGGAGACACCUCAGGGACCAGCUCCCGGGUGCGGUCCUUCACCGGCCCUGGCUCCCCGCCGGCCCUUCCGGGCCGCCCGCCUCCUGUCCCCGGCUCCCCGCAGCAGCCCCAUGAGACAGCCGGCUCACCCCCAGUGGUCUCUUGAGGACAUGAGCUCCGAGGGGCCAAGUCACGUCCAAAGUUGCGAAUCGAGGUAGCGGCAGUUAGGGCUCCAUCCGGACCCUCCUCCUGCAUGUCCACCCCCCAUCUAGCCGAGCAGGGCCUUGGCCCCCCGGAGCUGUUGAGGACGCGGGCCGCCGGGAGUUCGGAGAAGAGAGGCCCCGAGGCCCCUGCUGCUGCGUCCUCGGAGGGGAGCUGGGGGCAGUGCGGGGCCUCCGCAUCUGAAGAAGCAAAGCGUCUGUUUGGAGAGAGCGAGAGGAUGGCCCGCUGCCCCUUCAGGGUGUCCCUGCCGGGGACGUGUCUGUGCCCCCUUCUGAGGGCCCCGAGGGCUGCCCGCUGGCCGGGGGCUGGGACGGCUGAGCCAGAGCCGGCCGCUGUGGGGGUGACGGUGCGGCGGGGGACGCACGCCCGGAGGGUGGUCGUGAGCGAGGUCCCGAAGGCCAUCCAGGGGGCUGGGCCCGGGUGCGGGGGGCUCCAGCUCUCUGGAGUGGGGGCUGAGGACCCUGACCACAGGCUGCUUCCCCACAACCUCUCCUGAAGCCGGACGCUCUCACGUUCACGGCCCGUGCCCGUCAGGACUGCGCUUGGCUGCAGAGUCACGGCAGCCUGUGUUGUCCCGGGACGGGCCGUGCGAGCUCGGUGGCCAGGGCCCGCGUCCGUGCUGCCCGACCCCGUGGGGCCCGGGACUCAUGACCCCGCGGGGGCCCAUGCAUCGCCCAGGGUCCACGUCCUCGGGGCCCAGCACUGGGGUCUUUCUCCGCCCCCAGAGCUGAGAGCAUCCUUAGGGAAAGGCCCCAGCCUCUCCUGAUGGGUGGGCCAGCGAGCCGGCGUCCCCCUCCCCACCACCCCUCUCGCAUUGGCCGACAGUGGACAGUGAGUUGUCAGCUCUGGGCUCCGAGCAGGGCCGAGCUCAGCCCCACGGGGUCCACUCCUCGAAGUGAGUGCAGACACGCUCAGUGAGCUGCCUGCCGGCUUGCCCUCCGGGUAGAAGUAAGGACCAAAUACAGGGCUGUCUGGGGUCCUACUCGUGGCUCAGGACCCUUUCCAGGUGGUCCUCCCUCGGGUCCCACAGCCUCUGAGGAGCUGUGCCUCCCCCCACCAGGGAAACUUCCAUGCACGUUAAAAAAAAAAAAGAAGUUUCCACCAGAUAAGGCACCUGUGCCGUGACCUGUUUUCACGUUCGUCGGCAGAAACCUUACCGUCUCGGGCGGGAAUCCUCUCGGUCCCGUGUUUGGUUAAUUUCUCUUGGUGUCCUGAUUCAGGACCCAGGCUCUCCCUCCCCCGGUCUGCUUGUCCUGACGCCCACGUCCACCCUCGGCGACGCAGGCUGCCCCCUGGCCGGCCGCCCUACGGCCCCUCUUCCACAGAAACACCAGACUCGAGUCUCAGGAUGCGGUUAUCCAGUCGGGGAUGUUCCGCUGCCUUUUGUAUUUAGACAGUUAACACCGGCACGGCACAAGGAGUCCCAGCAGCCCAGAACAGCACUGAGAGGCGUCCAGCUCCACCAGAGAGGGGUUUGCCAGCUGUCUCUUCCAUAUCCUUCCGGAAACGCUCCGCACACGCGAGCUGGCGCUCGGCAUCACCCGGGGGCACCUGUGCCUACUGUCUGUCCUUGUCUCCGCCGGCCCCUCAAUUUAUUUGGAGAUCGUUCCAUUUCAGGGCAUAUCAUGUUUGACUUGUUCUUAGGUGUUUCCAUUCAAUGGUUAAUUUUGUUUUUAAAUUGAGGUGAAAUUAAAUCCAGUGAAUUGCACGGGUCUUGAGCAUACAGCUCGGUGUUUUCAGCAGCUGUCCACACCUUGUAAGCGGCAUCGCUGUCCCUCCUCCCCGGGUCGCCCCCCCCUCCUCCGCCUGGAAGGCCGUGGCCCCUUCCAGGAACCCGCCCCUCGCCCCCAGCCAGCCACGGUUCCCGCAGACCUCCCUCACCAUGGCUAGCUUCGCUCCUUGGACUUCGUGCACACGGACCGUGAAGCAGCGCCUUCUGGUGCCUGAUGCUCUUCACUGAGCCGAACGCUGCUGAUCAUCCAUUCCUCUUGUGGGUGUUGCUGCGCGGUGUUGUGUUGUGCGGACGGGCUACGGCUUGUUUGCCGGCCUGGGGUGGGCCUUUGGGGUGGUCCAGUUUGGGGUUAUUGCAAAUAAAGCCGUGGCAUUCUGUGCACCA